GAAUCCUCCAGCGUGGAACCGGUAUGUGGGUACCGGUGUCUGCGUGCUGCCGUGUUACUUCCGUCACUUUGCGGUUUGUGCACAUGCUGCAUUGACAUUUCUGAGCGGAGAUAAGGGAAAUUCUUGGCUUGGAAUUCGUGGAUGUAUAUUUGGAUUUUAUAUCACUGAAAGUUUGUUCAAGAUUUGCCGUUAAACUGAGACACUGAUUUAGAAUUGGCAUCAGUUCUCAAGAACAAGAUGUCGACUCUCUCGCCCUUCAUCCUUUCAAGGCCGUCGCCCAAACCCAAGAGGCGAGGCGGCACGGCCUCCCCCCUCACCAAAAAGAAACGCCCCUCCCCAAGAGCAGCAGAGAAGAUGCCUCGACCGAGGAGGAAGCAAGGGGUUGCCACGGACACCAGCAAUCGUCGAGGAGGCAAGAAGAGACACCAGAGAGAGGGAGGCAAUGGGGUUCCUGCGGUGGCUGAGUGUCAGGAAUUCCAAGGUGACCUCAACCGACUGAUUAGCUGGUUGACAGCGACCAUCGACCAAUCAGAGCAGUGGAAAGCGCCCUCUAACAACACCCUUAGCCUCCGAGUACAGCUGGAGAAAUACCUGACUUUUGCCAUGGAACUCCAAACUCGACAACACCUUAAAGACAGCGUUUUGCUCAGGGGUCAAGAUCUGAUCCAACUGUACCCCCAGCUCACAAGCAACCUUCAGGCCACCCUUGAACUCAUCGAUAGGCAGUACCAGCGGCUGGAGGAGAGGCUAGACACCCAGUUUAGACAGCUAGAGGAAGCGUUGGCAUCCCUGGAGACUAGCGCCAGAUCAGACUCUAAGAAUCAUCGAUCCUUUGAUGCAGAGCUGAUCAUGGACUCUAUCGAGCAGAUGUCGUUUCGUCUUCAAAACAGCAAGAGACGCAACUCACCAAUGGAAGUCAGUGUGAAAACCUUGAACAAGCAGGUGGAUACGUUCAACACAACCAACAAGCUGUCCUCAACUGGAGGUAGUGAUUCCUCUUGUAGCUCCUCCCCCGACUUUGAUGUUCUAUAUGAGGAGCUUUCGGAUUGGCUGAGUGAACUACACAUGGCCGUGACGGACAGCCAGAAGGGCCAAUCAGAUCAGAGAAUGGAACAGAUGUUUAAGGGUUACACCCAAGAGCUGCACCUCCGUGAGGUGACCCGGGCCAAGCUCAACAAGAAAGCCAACCGUCUUCUCGCCCGGCGCCAGUCCACAUCAGCCGACGUCACUACCAAACUCCAGUCCAUCAACGACCAGUGGGCCAGCCUGCAAGCAUGUCUGGAGCCCGGGACGGGACCCAACGCAACCUCCUCCCAGGACCUGCCUUCCUUUGCUAGCUCGGAGGAGGUCAUGACGCUGACCUUGGAGGUUGAGGAGGUCAUAGUUCAACUCAAGGGAUGGUUGACAGAGAUGGAGAGGAAGCUGUUUGCCACGGAGAGCAUCAAGUGCCCUGGCAGCGUGGAGCAUAUGGAGAAAAGACUUGAGGCUCACAAGGAGCUUCAAGUGGACAUUGCCAAGAAUUCGGAAGGCAUCCAGGUGGUGCUGAACAUGUGUGAGAUACUACAGAAGGACAGGCAUGCCUGCGCUAGUGAAAAGGAGAGAGAAUCCCUGCAGCUGGCGGCAUUCAACUUGGAGCGGCGCUGGCAGGCCAUCCAGGCCCAGGCGAUGGCACUGCAGUGCAGUCUGGAAGAAAAACUCAGAACCUUCAAGGGAAACAGCACAGUAUUUGGUGAAGAUUGCCAAAGCACAGCCGCCUCUGCUACAACAGUCGUUGACAACAAAAAUAUCCCUUUGCCCACCUACAAAUCAAGUCUCCUCCCUUACAAACCAUCUGGGGCAAAAGACGAUUCAGCUUUAUUCACUCUCGGCGAGGGAAUCAACUACGACGAUAUACUCCUUGUUCGUGAGGCAUUCUCUGAGAAUGAUGCUUUCAGCAUGAGCGAUGCUUCCGAGGUAUCCCUGGGCGACUUUGCAUUCGAUGAUGUCCUGCCCAUGAAGGGAGAAGAUGAAGACGUCACUCUCUCUGUCCCAUCUCAGACCCCGGACAUCAUGGAGUUGAGUGAUGAGAUGAUUGAUGCCUACCUCAAGAUGGAAGAAGAGCAGCUGAAGUUGGAGGAGUCUGGGAUCGACUGUGACAUCCUCCCAGAGGUCGCAGAGAUCAGGGGCAGGAGCAACUCGGAGUUGGAAUUCUGGUCCAUGUCCCCAAGGGAGGACCUCCAGAUGUCCAACUCCGUAGAGCUCCCGCAUGUCAUGCACUCUCUGGUAGAUCUGGACCAAGAACCAGUCCUACUCAGAGACAGAUCUGACUUGCCAAAGUCAUUUUCGGCCCACUCCUCAACCAACUACCAACCGAUCACCUUGGGCAAGUACAGUACUGGAACGGUGGAUUUUAUGUCCUCUGUGGUCGAAGAUGCUCUGGAGAGUCUCUGCUCCGAUGAUGAUGAGUUUGAUGAGGAGUAUGAGGAUGUACAUGAGGCAGAUGAUGAAGAAGAUGUAGAUGUGACCCUGACUGAAGAACGAUGCCAGAGUAGAAGUCUGGAUGAUUGUAAUGAUUGUAAUGAUGAUGAUGAUGAAGCUAUUGGUAAUCUUCUCUUUGCCAUGGAAGACUUGGAUGAACCCGACCCUUCCCCCACUUUUGCCCUUAAGCCUGCCAAGCCUCUGAGCCACUCACUGCCACUGACCCACCGCACCUUGCCAAGCAGAGAUGUCCCAACCCACGAUUACCCUGCCUCAUAUCCUAACCAACCGUCCCCCAACACAUGGUCACAUCCAAGCGUCACAAUUGCCAAAUCUCCGCAUCAGAAGAGAGGUUUCUUUCCUUCUCAUGGUGGUUGCUUCUUGCCAAACCCUUUUGAGGAUGUUGUCAGUAGCAGUCCGGUUAAAUCAAAGAGUCCGGUCCCAACAAAUGCCUCAGAUGAGCUGCGUAAGCUUCGGCGACGCCUGAGUCAAGUCUCAAAUCCUUUCAGUGAGGAGGAAACAAAACGUCAGCAGAAGAUGACGACUCCCCCACCCCAAGAUAACCUUCUGGAGAUCACAGAUCUUAGCCUGUCCCAUAUGUACGAGUCCCUGGACUUGGUAACAGAGUUGACGCAUUCUCUCAUGCCAGGAGUUCAUUCGCCAAGACGUGAUGUUGACAGUCCCCUGGAUUUUCCACUCCUUGAGAGAAUUGAAGACUCUGAUUCAGACUCCUUCAGUGACAGCAGUGAAGAAAUCGAAAGAGAAGAUCUUGUCCAAAUAUGGAUCAACGAGAACAUGCCAACUCCUCCGGAAAUCAUCCCCUUAGAGAUGCCUCCCGAGUUACCAUUAGCUCCCAUCUUUGACGUGGACACAAGCAUUCAAGAAAUCCCCACCCAGGAUCUCCCCAGCCUACCAAUUUGUAAUCUCGAGGGAGUCCACAGUCCACAGGAAACCUCAUGCUUGCCACUCACACCGUCAAGUCAGUCUGAUCCAGGAAUAGAUGAAGAACAGGAAACAGAUGGUUUCCUGGAGUCCCUCCCCGUCGAGAGUGAAGCCAGUCGGGGUCACUGCACCGACGCAGAGAGUGUGGAAGUAGCUGAUGAGGAAGUGACCCUCAUACAGCAGGAAGUGGUGAAUCAGCCUCAUUGUAGUGCUGCACUGCGUGAAUGCAUUGAACCACAGCCAGUCACCGAUAGCACUGUUAGCAGUAAUGCUGCAGACGGCAGUAGUAAAUCAAGAUUGGAGGGUACUCGUGACUUCAGCGCAAUCGAGGAGCGACUGAGAAGAGAAAUCAUGGAGCAGCCCAACCAAAAGCACGCCUACUUCACCUAUGUGUCCAAGCUUGCUGAGUCUUGUGCUGAUGACAAGAACCUGAACCAGAUCCUUGGGGACUUCAACCAUCAGAAAUGCUACCUGUGGUCCAUUGGGGGUAAUCGGGGUCAAUCUAAACAACCGACAGCGGAAUGCCAAGACGUGCCAGACACAGUGAGUGAUAACUGGAUUGAUGUUGCCUCCCAGUGCUCAGAUGACACCGACAAACUCCUUGAAGCAUCCAGCUCUCUGGUGGAGGAGCUUGAGCGGAGUGCUCGUCUUCAGGCUAGUUCCUUACCGGAAGAUGAGAUAGGUAGUUGGCGUGAUGUCAUCGUCUUGUGGCUGGACGAGCAGUCCAGCGCUACGAAGAGCGAUGAUGUUAUUGACACCGAGCAUGAUGUCACAGCCCACAGCGAUGACCUUAUCAAGAGUGACAAUGGUAUCAAAAACAGAGAAACACAAGUCGAUACAUUCACGCCUAGCCGCCAGCAAGAAGAUCGCAAAUUCAUAAGCCCACUCUCUAAUCGGAAGUUGGACAUCCAGAAUGAUGCAUCGUUUGAUGCCACUGAUGAUGGCAUUGUUCCCGACUCCAAUCCUCAAGACACCUUUGAAGAAAGUACUGAUUGUGGCAUUGUUGUCGAUGGGAAACAAUGGUCAUCACCCUCAGAACUGAUUGACAGUGGACACUUCUCAGCUGAUGGAACUUUGGAUGAGGAGAGCCUUUUGUGCGAUGUCCAGGACCCAUCCCUCAACUCCGUCCAUCUGACUUCAACACCCAAGGCAUCAUCCACUGAUGAAGAAGACGAGACUAGGAGCAAAGUCACCUCGUCACUAUCAGCGACUCACACCCACCUCAAUGAUGCUCCAUCAGGGCAUCCUUUCACUACCUCUAAGCCUGUCUUUGUCUCACCGCAUCAGCAGCCUAGUUACAUCAGCCGCGUUCUCUGUCUUGGCCUUCCCAUCUGCAUCUUUCUGUUCUUCUGCGUCCUCCUCAUCCUGCUUCUCCCAGCAGUCAUCGUCUCGGCAACGGGAGAUUGCUCCCUGUCCCUUACCGACAACAUCUUGUUGCACAGUCCAAGCUGGGAGCCCAUACUCUACUACGUGAGAGGGCCUCCACCACAGUAGUUGGUUGUUACUGUCGGUAGGUGAUAGGACUCAUCAAAGGAUUUUUCAUUCAUGGAUGAAGUCAACAUAUUUUUCGGCCAUUUUACUAAAAUUUCUUUGGCAUUUCGUACACGAUUGCAAUGUCGAAUUCUGAAAUUACUCUAUGCUGAGUAUACUGUCGGAUAAAAAAGCAAAUGUGUGAUAUGUGUCUCAUGUACCACCAAAUUACCGCAGUUUUCAGGAAGUUGCAAACUUUCCAUCUUUCUACACUUUGUCUUUUCUUGAAAGCAACGCGGAAAUGGUCUGAGAACAUUCAACGCAGAUAAGAAAUGUCUUGCCACAUUGGGUGCAAAAACAAGAAAUAUGGCUAUGCUUGACAUCUUGCAACAAUCUUUGAAUGAAAAUCUUAGGGAGAAAAAAAAACUUGCUGACUUAGAAACUACAAAAUGGUUUGUAUUCAUCAACACUAUUAACAACCGUGGUUGAAAUAAGGUGCGAAGUACCCUAAUAAUGUUCUGGUAUUAUGUAUAUAUUGGUGUUUGGAGUGUAUAUACAUUGUAUAUAAAUGUAGUCUGUCCAUGUGUAAACACUGCUUUGCUGUUUUAAUCUCAGUGAAGUACUAGCCAGAAGUUGGCAAGCAGUUGUAAAAGUCUUAUGAAUUUGAAUGUUUGUUUUGUUCUGAAACAUGUCAUGAGGUAGAUUAGAAAAAAAAAGUACAUUGAAACAAAUUGUUUUUAAAACUAUUUUCACUUCACUCUAGACUUCAUUUCAGUGACGUUCAUGAUUUACCUAGAACUAGCAGCCGAAUGCACCUUCAUAUAUUAUUAUUCAAUGUUUUGAUUUUCAAAAUAUUUAGUCGUUCCGUAGUAGUGGUUUCAGUUAGAUUUAGUAGCUUUAAACGUGCACAUUUACACACACACUGUGGGAUUCAAGUAGGUACUAAUGUAUCUGAACGCGGCCCUAUUGAGUGAACAUUGGUGAAGCAGCAAUGAUUUCUUAAAGACUGUUCCUUCCCAGAAGUCUGGUAACACCAGAGAACCCUUUUAAAAUGUAUUUUCCGAAUUUUGCCCAAAAUUUGCCUUGGCAGACUAGCUUCCAACAUCUUGCCUCCCUGCUCACCUUCAGUUUUAUCCACCUGCCUUUCCCCUUGCCCAUAUUUCACCAAGCAGGCAGAACUCAUUACCCAUUCCUUCUGUGUUUUUUUUUUUUUUUUUUUUUUUUUCUUCUUUGUUCCAGUUACUCUUUCGUAUUUUCCUUGCCAGCCUUUUGCCAAUGACAAUGCCUCCCAUUGUUAUCUACCCCUCCCUCCACCUUGUUGAUGCCUCCACCAUGUUGAUGCCUUUACCAUGUUGAUGCCUUUACCUUGUUGAUGCCUUUAGCUUGUCUACCUUCCGACUCCAUACCCUUCUCCCGCUUCCUUUUCCUUACUGCUUACCAACCUAUAUUUCCCUACUGCUUGCCAACCCAUUUCCUCGUCCACUCCUUCAUUAAAAUUCGACUAUUUUUCCCUUUGCCAAUUUUGUUCUCUUCACCACCACAUAUAUUUCUACUUCACCCAUCCGCAUGUAAAUGUAUUCCCCUCUCACCCAUUCUUGUCACUGCUCUUCUCCCUCCCUUAAUUGACCAUCCUUCAUCCAAUCCCUUUUCCCAUCCUUUCCCUUGCCCGUCAACCAUUUAGAAUCCACACAUCUCUUGCCAACACUGAUCCCCUUGCUAACUGUGCCCUCUUUAUCCACCCAUCCCUUUAACAUUCUUUCUUGUGUCCUGCCCUUCGGUCUUGCCCAUUACUCCCCAUGAUACCCCACACUUGCUUACCCUUCAUUUUCCCCCCUUCUUACCAACCCUUCUUUCCAAGUCAUUCUCCCUGUGCAUUCUUUCCUUGUGUCUAAUCUUCACCACGCAAGCCCCGUUACUGUCCUGCCUUUACCUUGCACCCCCUACUCACAGUCUUCCAUUUUGACACCUUUCCUCUAUAAACGGUUGCCUUGU